CACGACCAUAUAUACUCCACAUUUGGCUGGUCUUCCAUGAUGCUAGGCGACGGGUUUCCUUCCAGGGUGUGUGACUACAACAUGUUAUUGCAACCGAUACAAUUCGUUGUGUCGACCCUGCUCCAGCCCACGGCCCGGCACUUUUGCAAGCUCGAUGACGUGGCAGACUGCCACGAGUUCAUGCAAUCCAUCGAGGCGGACGAUGCGUUCCUUGUGCUGCGUGCGGCACUCGAGUACAUCAAGCUCACCCGCUCCCUCUUGCGUGUCUGCGACGACUUGUACCAGAACGACGAUGCACCUAGUGUGGAGGAGGCGUUGGGGGAGAUGCGCCAGGUUGCUCUCGAGUCGCCACUGAGCUCGACGGCGCUGGGCCAAGCUAGCCAUGCCAGCCCUAUGAAACGACACGAGUAUGUCCAUCCGUUUCGGCAACACAACGACAGCAGUGCUGACACUUGCUUGCAUACGGCCCUUGAAGGCUCACCUGAGAAGCAACGUACGUUGUCGACGUGAGGUCUUUUGUUUUACAUAUGUACACCCAUGACAACGACGCCGAAGGUGCAGACGGGCGACCGGCGCGCCACUGGCUCCAACGCCUCCAAGACGUGUUUGCAUUGAGCUUGCCGUCGCCAUUCGCUAGAGACGAUGACCCAGAGGUCGACGAGGCCGCCGCGCCGUUGGUGAACUCUGACGAGUUCGCACCGUUGCCCGAGCUUGCGACACAAAACGCUGACAAUGGUGGCACGUCCCCCUCGUCGUUGCCUGGAUCUGCUACCAAGGGGAAACUGGAUGGAGAGCCCCCCCCACUUGUGGUCAACACCAUGCAAUCCAUGGUGGAGUUCCCGUCCAACCUCAAGCUUCAGUUCCAUGGGCUAGUGACCGUGGCAGACUUCGCCAAGGCGCGCGAGAACCACCGAGCUGCGGUGGUCGUCCUCACGCAGCUGAAUGGGUUCGACGUGAUUGUUCGAGCUACAGAUGCAUUAGCCACAAGCCAUAAGGCGCAGAUCAUCACGUUGUCUCUUCUGGGCAACCCAGACAUUGUAUCGUCGUGUGGGCAGUUGGUUCCAAGGGGGGAGUGUCGCCGACUGGUGAGGUCCGCCAUGUUACAGUUCCCCACCAGCGGUCGCAUCCAGGGCCUCGGGUGCCUUGCACUCGCUAACCUAGCUACCCAUCACCUUGACAGUCCAUCAUCCGUAGACCAUGAUACGUCCACUCCGAUGGAGGCAUGGGACGUUGACAGCAGCGGCGUGGACUUGGUUGUCGCUGCCAUGAAACGCUUUCAAGAUGUGGAUGCGAAUGUGCAGGCGGCGGGCGCGUGGGCUCUCGCGUCCAUCUGUCGGCAUCAUGAGGAUCUGGUGUAUGCUGCGUUGGACGUGGGGGGAUUGAGUGCCGUGGAGCGGUGCAAAGUGACGUUCCCAGACGACCCGCGCGUCCAAACCAACGCCGAGCUGGCCAUCGCGCAACUCCUGCAUCGCCCUGUCCCGUUGCUCCAGAACGACGGGUGUGUCGUCCAAUGAAAAACGCACGCAUCGUUCGAUUUCAAUAUCCCUCAGUCUACUUUGGACUUGACAUUCAAUUUUGUUUUCAUCGCUCGUAUACGAUGUGAAUGCGUAGACUUAACGUUAGUACGUACCAGUACUACCAUUGGUAAUACGAUAAUGCUCGGUAGUAACAACUGUGCAAAAUUGGC